AUCUUUGUGUGGUGUUUUUCCCUUCAGAAGCAGCACACUCUCUCCUGUCCCUCCAUCUCCUCCCAUACCACCUGCUUUGCAUUAAGUCCCAAUCCGAUUUCCCCAACUCCCUGGUGUCUGAUUUAAUUUGCCUGACGCUGCUCCUAGAAUCAGCCCUCCCCAACCCACCUCUCCCCCCUACACACACAGCCUCCCAGCUCCCCAUGGGGAGAUCAGUCCUGGGAGAGGCUGACACACCAAGAGUGAGAGAGGGACACAGUGUAUGGAUAGCUGGCGCCAGGACGGGAAGGACUGAGGGGGAUCAUAGCGUGACCAGGGGCUCCCAUCCUGACAGGGGACUAAAUCCCCAGGGGACCAAGGGAGUGCCAACCAGGAGGGGACAGCAGCCACCUCUCCCCACAGACCAGGACUCAGGCUAUCCCGAGUGGAGGACCCAUUACUAGCCAAUUGAGAUGGGGGAAAUGGAACAGAUGAGGCAAGAGGCCGAGCAGCUGAAGAAGCAGAUUGCGGAUGCACGGAAAGCCUGUGCUGACACUACACUUGCUCAGAUUGUGUCCGGGGUGGAGGUAGUUGGACGCAUUCAGAUGCGUACACGGAGGACCCUGCGUGGGCACCUGGCCAAGAUCUAUGCAAUGCACUGGUGCACGGACUCCAAACUCCUGGUCAGUGCCUCACAAGAUGGGAAACUAAUCGUGUGGGACACUUACACAACCAAUAAGGUUCAUGCCAUCCCUCUCCGCUCAUCCUGGGUCAUGACCUGUGCCUAUGCGCCCUCAGGGAAUUUUGUGGCUUGUGGGGGUCUCGACAACAUGUGCUCUAUCUACAAUCUCAAGACUCGUGAAGGCAAUGUCAAAGUGAGCAGGGAGCUCUCGGCCCACACAGGUUACCUCUCCUGCUGCCGAUUCCUGGAUGACAAUAAUAUCGUGACAAGCUCCGGAGACACCACCUGCGCACUCUGGGAUAUUGAAACGGGACAGCAGAAGACUGUGUUUAUGGGUCACACUGGAGACUGCAUGAGCCUGGCCGUCUCCCCAGACUUCAAACUCUUUAUCUCCGGGGCCUGUGAUGCCACUGCCAAGCUGUGGGACGUACGGGAGGGAACCUGCCGUCAGACAUUCACAGGGCAUGAGUCGGACAUCAAUGCCAUCUGUUUCUUCCCCAACGGUGAGGCCAUCUGCACCGGUUCAGAUGAUGCCACCUGCCGUCUCUUUGAUCUGCGGGCGGACCAGGAGCUCAUCGUCUAUUCCCACGAGAGCAUCAUCUGUGGAAUCACCUCAGUCGCCUUCUCCCGCAGCGGACGUCUCAUGCUGGCUGGAUAUGACGACUUUAACUGCAACAUCUGGGACUCCCUAAAGGGGGAGCGUGUGGGGAUCCUCUCCGGUCAUGACAACAGGGUGAGCUGCCUGGGGGUGACAGCCGAUGGCAUGGCUGUGGCUACUGGCUCCUGGGACAGCUUCCUCAAGAUUUGGAACUGAAGAGGAUGAUCGGGAGAGGGAGAUUAUUGGGAGGAGGGUGUCCACACCAAACACAUUGUCAGUUGAGCACAA